GUCAACUUGACAUCACAUUUAGUCAAAUUCCUCUUUUCGUAGUAAAUAAACAAAAUAGGAUUUGUUACUUAUUUUGUUAGCUACUGUAUCAAAAAAUAACGUGCAAAACACACUAUGGGGCCUCCACCAGUUGUGACGGGUAUAUCUCCAAAGGAGGGUCCCCCGGGAACUAGAGUCACUAUUCGGGGAGAAUUUUUAGGAACCAGUGUGAUUGAUUUAAUCGGUUUAAAAAUUUGCGGAUGUGACUGCCUACUAUCAGCAGAAUGGAAAAGCAAGAAUAAGAUAGUGGCACGGUCUGGUCCGUGCAAAGGUCGCGGUGAUAUCAUAGUUACAACUAGAUCUGGAGGAGAAGGGACAUCAACUGUGCAGUUCAGAGGUUACCAUGAAUCCAUUGGCCCAGUAAAAGAGAGUGCAGUAUGGGUGGAGGAAGCAGCUCCUCCCUCACUGCCAUGGGGUCGCAGACCAAUGUCACCCACUACAUACACCCCACCUGACCCCCUGGGGCUAUCCACAGAGGGUGAUGAGUGCAAGUUCCCAGAAGAUGAGUUGAAUGAGAUGUUCCCAGAUGGGUCUGGCAAACUAUCUGAUGACAAUUUCCAACCUGGUUGGUAUCUCCUGGAACAUCACAGUAACACUUCAUUUGAGGACUUGAAAGCUGGAAUGGUGUUUUUGCAGAGAAAGGUUGAAGGCCAAAAAGAAGGGCAACUGAGCUUCUUGAAGGCCAACACAGGCGCUGUGAUGGAUCAGUUAGACAGGCUGGUUCUACUGAAGAACAUGUAUGAAGAAGAUCAGAGGAAGAAUGGCAAAGAACCAUUGCCCAGCUUACAAUCAGCCAUUGAGGAAUCAAUUAAGUUGGCAGAUUCAUUAUUCUCUGAAAUACUAUCACGUAAAGAGAAUGCAGACAAAACUCGGGAAGCUCUGUCCCUGUUGAUGCGACACAAGUUUCUGUUCCAACUGCCCGCUUCUAUAGACAGGAAUAUUAGGAAGAAAGAGUAUGAUCUUGUUGUAAAUGACUACACAAGAGUGAAGAACCUUUUUGGAAAUACUGAUGUGAAGCUGUUCCAGAAGAUUCUUGACGAAAUUGAUAAGAAAAUAGAAGACCUCAAACAAAAGUUAUACACGAGAAUGAAGACGAUGCCUAUACAUGUACAGGAACAAACAAAAUAUAUUAGAUUGUUAAUAAGUUUGAAUUGGGAAGGGGAUGCAGCAUGGGUUGCUAUAACAGCUCGUAAAGAUUACCUCAUGAGCCUCAUGGAAAAAGUUAAAGAUCAUUUUAAACAUAAGGAAGAACAGGAGACUAAUGAUAGAGGUAAACGCAAGUCGAAGGAGACGGAGGGUGAGGGCGUGUGGAGUGCGUGGCGUGCGGCGUGGUGCGCAGCGGCGUGUGGCGCGCUGGCCGCAGAGCUGCAUGCGCUGUGGCCACUUGCACGACGCUAUUUCGCGGGGGAGCUGGCCGGUGAGCCUGCCGACCCGCAGCGACAUAAGGACCUCAAGGAGAUGAUAAUAGCGGGAGUGGAGUUAUUCUCGGAGCAUAUGCGUUCGUGCCUGUUGUCGGGCGGCGGCGCGGUGUCGGCGGACACGCUGCGCACACGUCUCGUCGCCAAUCUCAGAUACCUGCGGGAGGCGUACGACUCGUUGCUCAAGCUUGAUUUACCGUCGCAGCCACUGAGUAUAGUCGAAAAGGUGAUUUUCGACUAUCGCGUGCACGGCAUGACUGUGUUUCUUCAAAGAGCACUCAAGCGGGUUAAAGGACUUGCCGACAAGGAAACGUGGAAGAUAGAGGAAUUCACGGAUUAUGGAGCGAUAACUAAUCUGCCGAACCUGCUAGAAACGUACAUGAAUGACGCCCUGUCCGCCAUCCACAAGUGCGUGGGCAGCGCGGGGCGGCGCGAGGGCGCGCUGCUGGCGGACGGCUCGGAGCCCGCCGCCGCGCUGCACCGCCACACGCACCAGAUACUGCUGGCCUACAGCUCCGCGCUCAACGACCUCGCGUUCAAGCACCCGGAUCAGGACUUCAACAACACAAGUCUGUCCGUUGCCCUGGAUCAGAAGCUGGAAGAGUCGGUGACGCAGUCCGUCGUCGACGGCUGCAGUUGGCAGAGGCGACUGCUCAUAGCUGCCGCUAACGCCCACUACACCAGACGAGUAACACUCACCAACAUCGCUAAUACUUUUGAGAACUACGGCUUCCCAAAACCAUCGCAAGCCCUCCAAGCAGCAAAGGAAGCUCUCAGCUCGCUGGAGUCCACAAUAGCUGAGACAUAUUUGGAACAUAAAGGUGACCCACUAGUGGGCACCAUCGAGCCCAGUAUGUACAUGGGACGGUAUAGGACCGAUGCUGAUGCGUUGGUUGACGAUGCAAGGCCUUACGUCUAUGAGAUUAUUAACAAUCUCAUUGCUGUUCAUGCUGAGGUGGACAGUGUGUGCGGGCCGGCGUCGUCGCGGUACGUGCGAGACAUCUGCGAGACGGUGUGCGAGGAGCUGGCGCGGCUGGCGGCGUGCGCGCCUGCGCAGCUCGCCCGCGCCGCCGCCUUCCAGGCGCGCCUCGAGUACACGCUGCUGCACGUCGCCACCGCCGGACACCUCACCAGGAAGGCAGAAAAUUACCUGAUGGAGGCGUUAGCCGGGAUACCGCCUUUAGAAAGCGAAGAAGAUAAACAACGAAUGGACAAUAUCGUCGAGGGAUUUAAAAAGAGGAUGGAACUACAACUAGCGAGCCUUAACUGCAAUAUGGAGACUGUAUAGAAAUUAAGCUAUAAAAAUACGAGAUAAAUGUAUGUACUCGGCUCCAAAAUAUGUAUUUUAAGUCGAGGGACCUAUUAAAACACACGAGCGUCUCUGAUUACAACUACACUGAUUAUACGUAACUAAAAAAACAAUGAUAAAUGACAGAGCAAACAUUUUUUUUUUCGAAAAAAAUUCCCUUCCUUUGUGUACCCAUGUGCUAGCCACUUGUUUUACUUAUCUUAUUACGUAUAAAUAUGUUAUAUACGUAAGAAAGGUACUUUAAGUAUGAUCUGUUUACCUUAAUACUUUAAAUGAGAGACAUGCAAUAUUUUUGCUAGGUGCUAAAAAAUUUUUUUUGUAUAUAUUUGGAACGAAUAUUGAACAGAGGUCCCUCGAGUUACAUAUUGUAUAAUGCUGGCUUUCAGGAUGUUGAGUAUCAGAGUAUUAUGAAUUACUGAAUGCAAAUUUGGCUUAGAUUAGUGGUCCCAGAUAUUCGGUUGAAAUAUUUUAUUUUCAAUCAGUGCUCAUUUUUAUUUAACGUAUUUUUUUUGCUAAUCAUAACUGGUUAUGCGCAUAAUGUAUGUAUGUUAUUUCUUAGAGUUGGUUAUUUAGAGUUACAAAAUGCGUCAGUGCUUCACCAACUGAUUUUGUAAAGUAUUAUCGUUAUUUUUAAGCCUGUUUAUCGUUUAUUAUGAAAUGAUUGUGCGAUGUGCAAGUAUAUUUAUUGUGCAACACAACAUUAAUAUAUCAAAUAAAGUAUAUUAUUUAUAAGU